AGAGUCAUACUUCAGAGACACCACCAGGAAAUGAAUUUUACAAAGAAACCGAAAUUCACAAACCCGAAGCACUGACGUCUUCCAGAUCACCGAGGAUGUUAAGAUACAAUACUAUCAGCUUUGAUCAAACAGUGAAUAAAUCAUCGGAGCACAUUCUUCCCGAAGAGAGGUGCGAUGGGACAGACCCCCCUAAAAUUUCCACUACCGCAACUGGAACUGAAGCCAAGGAAAGCUGGGGCCUCGCGAUAGACCGGGGGGCGCGUAUGUUUUUUCCACUCUCUUACCUCAUCUUCACAGUCUUGUAUUUUGUUGUAAUGUUUACGUCCGAUGAGGAAUCCAAGUAAAAGCUCCAGUCGUUUGAAUUUCCAAUCACCCAAAUAGGGAAACAAUAAAAAAAGACCUGUGAAAUGUAGCUUUAGAUUAUUUGCGGCUAAAACUACUUCCAACCAGUUCAGCUCUCUUAAAUUUCAAUCUCACCUGAUUUCAAAUUAAGCAGAAAUGAACACAAUUUGAUUACGUAGUGUAAAAUAGUUUUUAAAAUA